UGUCAAUAUCAAAAUCCAUGGUGCAGCAUGACAACUUGAGGGCUAGUGGAAUGAAGAAUGAAGAUUCAUUUGGCUACACAUUGCUACUGGAAUCAAGUUGUGCAUCUUAGCUUUAUCCACAAUUGGAUUAAAAGAUCAAGAAGAGUUUCAUUAAUACUUUAUCAGUUCUCUAUAUAAACCUACUCAACUUAGCAAUAUUAAUUGUGUAAAAAAACUUCAAUUUCUAAAUCUAUGGCUAUGCAUUACAAUGCCAUUCUCUUGUGCUGGCUUUCAUUUACUACUGUCUUCUCACAAACCGACAAUUAUAUAGUCCACAUGGACGUGUCAGCCAUGCCCAAAGCCUUCUCUAGCCAGCGUACCUGGCACUUGGCAACUCUUUCUUCUGUUUUUGCAGGCUCUAAAGCCAGAAGCACCACCAAUAUCACUGCCUCCGCUAAACUUCUCUAUAGUUAUACUCAUGUCAUCAGUGGUUUUAGUGCUCAUCUCUCCUCUUAUGAGCUUGAGACCUUGAAAAACUCUCCAGGGUAUAUUUCUUCCAUCAAAGACCUGCCUGUAAAACUCGACACAACCCAUUCACCAGCAUUUUUGGGCCUUAGUUUUAAUUCUGGAGCUGGAGCAUGGAAUGUGUCGAAUUAUGGUGAAGAUAUUAUUAUUGGGGUGGUGGAUACAGGUGUUUGGCCUGAAAGUGAGAGUUAUAGUGACAAAGGAAUUUCUAAAAUUCCAGAAAGAUGGAAAGGAGAAUGUGAAAGUGGCAUCCAAUUCAACACCUCUUUAUGUAACAACAAACUCAUUGGAGCUCGCUUUUUCAACAAAGGUCUAAUCGCUAGAAAUCCUAAAAUCACUCUAUCUAUGAAUUCUACGCGUGACACUGUAGGCCACGGGACCCACACCUCGAGCACCGCAGCGGGGAAUUUCGUCGAAGGCGCAUCAUACUUCGGCUAUGCUCCAGGAACCGCUAGUGGAGUGGCUCCGCGGGCCCAUGUAGCCAUGUACAAGGCCCUGUGGGAAGAAGGCGCUUAUACAUCUGAUAUAAUUGCUGCAAUUGAUCGAGCAAUUAUUGAUGGAGUAGAUGUAUUAUCCAUUUCACUGGGAUUGAAUGGGUUCACUUUGAAUGAAGACCCAGUUGCCUUGGCUACAUUUGCAGCUAUGGAAAACAAUAUAUUUGUGUCAACAUCUGCAGGAAAUGAUGGGCCUUUCCCUGGGUCACUCCAUAAUGGCGCACCUUGGGUGCUAACUGUUGCUGCUGGCACUACAGAUCGUGAAUUUAAUGGUGUUUUGACACUUGGAAAUGGAGUUUCAGUCACUGGCAUAGCUCUCUAUCGAGGGAAUUUUUCUUCUAUCCAAAUUCCAAUUGUUUUCAAGGGCGAAUGUUUCGAUCUGCAGGACUUGUUUGAUGCUAAGCAAAUCAAUAUUGUUGUCUGCGAAGAGGGGAAUACCUCCCUGGAGGAUCAAUUUGAAAACAUCGGCAUUGCAAAUGUUACUGGAGCUAUUUUCAUAACCAAUUCCAUAGACCUUGAAUCCUUCAUCCCCACCCAAUUUCCAGCAAUAUUUGUAAAUCCGAAAGAUGGAGAAACCAUCAAAAGUUACAUCAACAGCAGUUCCAAACCACAAGCAAAUAUGGAAUUUAAGAAAACAAAUCUGGAUAAUAAAUUAGCUCCAAGUCUUACUAGCUAUAGUUCCAGAGGACCAUCCCUAAGCUGCCCCUCAGUGUUGAAGCCUGACAUUAUGGCUCCAGGUUCUCUAAUCUUAGCUGCAUGGCCUGAAAAUAUUUUAUUGGAACUGAUCAACGCUGAUGGAACAUUCAGAAACUUCAAUCUAGAGUCUGGGACAUCCAUGGCUUGCCCGCACACAGCAGGAGUAGCGGCACUCUUGAAGAAGGCACACCCUGACUGGAGCCCCGCAGCUAUCAGGUCAGCGAUGAUGACCACUGCUGAUACCACGGAUCACACGUUUGGGCCUAUCAAAGAUAUUGGCUAUGCAAACCAGCCAGCUACUCCUUUAGAUAUGGGAGCAGGCCAAAUUAAUCCCAACAAGGCGCUAGACCCUGGGCUUAUUUAUGACGUGAACUCAACUGAUUAUGUGAAACUGCUCUGUGCAUUAAAUUUCACCAAAGAGCAAAUCCAAACUAUCACAAAAUCACCUUCUAACGAUUGUUCCUCCCCAUCCUUGGACCUUAACUACCCCUCCUUUCUUGCCUACUUCAAUGCAAGGGACUCUGAAUCCAAUAUGACCACUGUCCAAGAGUUUCACAGGACGGUAACCAAUGUGGGAGAGGAAAUGUCAACUUAUACUGCAAAUUUAACACGCAUGAAAGGUUUAAAUAUUAGUGUCACGCCUAGCAAGCUGGAGUUCAAAGCAAAGAACGAGAAGCUAAGCUACAAACUGGUCAUAGAAGGUCCAAGAAAGAUUGAAGAAGGUACGAUUUUUGGUUAUCUAAGCUGGGUUGACUCUAAAGAUAAAUAUGUGGUCAAGAGUCCCAUAGCGGUCACAAGUCUGCUCUUGGAUACAAUUGGGUCUUAGAAGAAGGAUCUAACCUCUGUAUUUUAACCAGUUCACGAAUGUAUAUUAUCCGAUGUUGAAUAAAAUUAUCCUCUGUUCAGCUAAGAAGAAGUAGAUGGAGGUUUCAACUUAUAGGAGAGAGUUUUCGCAGCAUUGGAUCUUAUGCGUAACUGCCACAAGGGGAUAAAGGAAGCACUUGAUUGAUUACUUGGAUAUAAUUCGAGAGCCAUAUGCAAUUGGGCAAGCCAAGGGAACAUUUUAAUGCCACGAGUUAUGGCAAAUUGAAGCGAGCAAGAGAUAUGUGCAUCAAUCUGGUGGUCGAAUUGCUCAUUUUGAAAAUCUCCAAACUCCGAUAAAUCACAGUGAUAAGAGAUUAUUUAGUAUUUUUGGUGUAUAUGCAUUCUUUUUUAUCAUGAUAUGAGGUUAUACCAUAUAUAUAUAUUUUUUUAAUAUAGGGGGUAUUAUUUUUGUGCGCUUGUUGUACAGCUUCCCGAUACCACAAAAACUGGAGCAAUUAUGUUCUGGGCUCUACUUAGAAAAUUACCAAACAAGAAUUCGGCCUCGAAACCGUUGUGAGGCCCAUUUUUUUUUUU